GGUGUGGCUAUAUAUAAACGUGACCACCCGGAACAUCAAAUGCAAGUAGCUAGCACACAGUACUACUGUUAAACAUUCUCAGUUGCAAGCAUAAGCCAACCUAGGAUCGAUAAAAAUGACCCUUGUCAAUUCCACGUUGCUUAAUUCCUCUUUCAUUUCAAAUUUUAGUUUUGGCAAACCUCAGAAACCAGAAGGGACUAAUAACCUUCUCCUGCGUAGAAUUAUUUGCCCUAUCCGAUGCAACGCAACAACCACCACCACAAACGUUAAUGCUUCUGAAAGAAAAUCAGCCAAUUACCAGCCAAACCUCUGGAAUUACGAUUUUCUGCAGUCUUUGAAGUGUGACCAUGCGGAUAUAAGAUAUGAGGACAAGGCCAAGAAGCUGCUAGAGGAAGUGAGGAGAAUGAUAAAGGAUGAAAAUACAGAUAUAUGGAUCAAACUUGAACUCAUUGACGAUGUGAAACGCUUGGGAAUUGGCUACAGUUUUGACAUGGAGAUAGGAGAAGCCCUUCAUAGGUGCCUCUCUUCUGAAACAUUUAUUGAUACAAUCACUCAUAAUCACAGAAGCCUGCAUGAAACUGCUUUAAGCUUCAGGGUCCUCCGAGAAUAUGGCUAUGAUGUCACAACGGAUAUAUUUGAGAGGUUUAAGGACUAUAAUGGUAAUUUCAAGGCAAUCCUUAGCAGAGAUGUGAAGGGAAUGUUGAGUCUAUACGAGGCAUCAUUUCUAAGUUAUGAAGGAGAACAGAUUUUGGAUGAGGCUAAGGCCUUCACUAGCUUCCAUCUAAAGGGUGCCCUCAAAGAAGGUAGAAGCAAUACUAUGAUCUUAGAACAAGUGAAUCAUGCAAUGGAGCUUCCACUUCAUCACAGAAUCCAAAGGCUUGAAGCAAGGUGGUAUAUUGAAUCUUAUGCUAAAAGAAAAGAUGCAAAUAUGGUGCUGCUUGAAGCAGCAAAACUGGAUUUCAAUAUUGUGCAGUCAACUCUGCAAACAGAUCUCCAAGAAAUGUCAAGGUGGUGGAAAGGGAUGGGACUAGCCUCAAAGUUAAGCUUCAGCCGAGAUAGGCUAAUGGAAUGCUUCUUUUGGACGGUUGGAAUGGUCUUUGAGCCUCAAUUGAGUGAUCUUCGCAAAGGUUUAACAAAAGUGGCUUCCUUAAUUACUACAAUUGAUGACGUUUAUGAUGUGUAUGGAACCUUGGAUGAAUUAGAACUUUUUACAGCAGCAGUAGAAAGUUGGGAUGUUAAAGCAGUUCAAGUUCUACCGGAUUACAUGAAGAUAUGCUUUCUAGCACUCUACAACACUGUCAAUGAAUUUGCUUAUGAUGCACUUAAAGAGCAAGGACAAAAUAUUCUUCCCUACCUCACCAAAGCAUGGUCUAAUAUGUUGAAAGCAUUCCUAGAAGAAGCUAAGUGGUCCCGGGACAAACACGUGCCAAAAUUUGACGAUUACCUCAAUAAUGCAUGGGUUUCAGUCUCUGGGGUUGUUAUACUGACCCAUGCCUAUUUCUUGCUAAAUCAUAGCAUAACAAAGGAGGCACUUCAGUCCUUGGAAAAUUACCAUGCCUUGCUGCGGAGAUCAUCCACUAUUUUUCGACUUUGCAAUGAUUUGGGCACUUCAAAGGCCGAGUUAGAGAGAGGUGAGGCAGCAAGUUCGAUUGUGUGUUACAUGCGUGAAAGUGGUGCUAGUGAAGAGGGUGCUUACAAACACAUCCGCAGAUUACUUAAUGAAACGUGGAAGAAGAUGAACAAAGAUAAAGUGUCACAGUCUCCUUUCCCAAAACCUUUCAUAGAAAUAGCUAUCAACCUUGGAAGAAUUUCUCAGUGCACAUACCAAUACGGAGAUGGGCAUGGAGCUCCAGAUAGCACAGUCGAGAAUCGCAUACGAUCCUUGAUAAUUGAACCCAUUGCCAUCUAGGAGACUAGGCAUUUGAACUAUAAUUUUAGAGGGCUUGUUAUUGUAUUUGCAAAUAAAUAGGAUACGAUGUAUUCAUCUUUCAUCAUUAAUAGAAUUAGUAGUAGUCGUUAUAUGUGUUUCAUUUCUUAA